AUGCCCUCCACCCCCUCCCACAAAGGGGCUGCCUGUUCUGAGUGCAAAGGGCCCCUGGGGGAUUCAGUGACCGCCACCUGUGGACACACCUUCUGCCGGCACUGUCUCCCCCCACCCUCCCAGAUGGGUGCCCAGCCCUCCGGCAGGGUCCUGCUCUGUCCCCUCUGCAAGGAGAAGGAGCAGACCGAGACCAUCUUGGUCCCCGUGCCCCUGGGCCCCCUGGGGGAGACUUACUGCGAGGAGCAUGGUGAGAAGAUCUACUUCUUCUGCGAGAAUGAUGCCGAGUUCCUCUGUGUGUUCUGCCGGGAGGGUCCCUCCCACCAGGCCCACGUCGUGGGCUUCCUGGACGAGGCCAUCCAGCCCUACCGGGACCGUCUCAGGAGUCGGCUGGAAGCUCUGAGAACCGAGAGAGAUGAGAUUGAAGACAUGAAGAGCCGGGAAGACCAGAAGCUCCAAGUGCUCCUGACUCAGAUUGAAAGCAAGAAGCAGCAGGUGGAAGCGGCUUUUGAGAGGUUGCAGCAGGAGCUGGGGGAACACCAGCGUCUCCUGCUGGCCAGGCUGACGGAGCUGGAGCAGCAGAUCUGGAAGGAGAGGGGCGAGUAUAUCUCGAAGCUCUCUGAGGAAGUCACCCGGCUUGGAGCCCAGGUCAAAGAGCUGGAGGAGAAGAGUCAGCAACCAGCAAGUGAGCUUCUACAAGAUGUCAGAGUCAACCAGAGCAGGUAUGAGAUGACGACUUUUGUGAGCCCAGAGGCCAUUUCUCCUGACCUUGUCAAAAAGAUCCGCGAUCUCCACAGGAAAAUACUCACCCUCCCAGAGAUGAUGAGGGCAUUCUCAGAAAACUUGGUGCAUCAUCUGGAAACAGAUACAGGGGUUGUCACUCUGGACCCUCAGACCGCCAGCCAGAGCCUGGUCCUCUCCGAGGACAGGAAGUCUGUGAAGUACACCCGGCGGAAGCAGAACCUGCCCGACAGCCGCCUGCGCUUCGAGGGUCUCCCGGUGGUGCUGGGCUCCCCCGGCUUCUCCUCGGGGCGCCACCGCUGGCAGGUGGAGGUGCAGCUGGGAGACGGCGGCGGCUGCACGGUGGGGGUGGUCGGGGAGGAGGUGAGGAGGAAAGGGAAGCAGGGUCUGAGCGCCGAGGAGGGCGUCUGGGCGGUGAUCCUCUCCCACCAGCAGUGCUGGGCCAGCACCUCGCCGGGCACCGACCUGCCGCUGAGCGAGAUCCCGCGCCUCGUGGGCGUCGCCCUGGACUACGAGGCGGGGAGCUUGGCCCUGCUCGACGCCGAGACCCAGGCGCCCAUCUUCACCUUCACCGCCUCCUUCUCCGGCAAAGUCUAUCCUUUCUUCGCUGUCUGGAAAAAAGGUUCUUGCCUUACUUUGAAAGGCUGA